CAGACAAUUUACGACGAUGAUUUGGGCUAUUGUCCCAAAAUGGACUUUACGCUCCUUCAAUUGGAUUCCUAUGUCUACUCAAUAUUGCAGUAAACCCAAGAUCUUUGGAAGCUGCGCGCCGUCCUUUUGGCGAUCACUUACUUACAUCCAAGGACAAGCCGGUAAAAAGUACAAGCGAGAAUAUUUUUACAUGGUCGAUCAUCAGGGGAUGCUGUUUCUAGAUGAUGCUCGUAUGAAAAAUUUCACAUCGUGCUUUAAAGAACAUAAGUUCCUGCACUUUUUCUUUACACGGGUUCAACUCAACAAAACAGGAUUUUAUCAGGAUGAAUUUCCGUACGUGAGCCCCUGUGGGGUCGAGAUGAACUAUAUUCGUUGUGAUGAUGUUCCAAUCGUGUUCACUCACUUGCUGCCUGAACACAAUCUUCUUUUGCAUAACCAUGCUGGUACGCGACUACAGGUGCCAUUUCAGCCCGAAACGCUUUGCAUGGUAGCGAAAAAUGGCCGGGUUUACCACCGAGGACCACCUCGACAAGGUGGAGUUGGCCUCGUGGCUUCAAAAUUGGCCAUUCAGUUGAGCAAGAACUUUGAAUUUGCCGACAAUCAAGGAACGGCAAUAGCAUACAUUCAUAAUGGGCGAAGAAUUGAGCUGGAUGGCGAAACCGAAAAAACCCUAAAUACAGUUCCUCAUUAUGAAGGAGAAGGGAACUGAGUAAUAUAUAAACGCUUACAAAUAUU